UUGCUUCCUCUGCAAAAACCUACCACUACUCUCUCUCUCUAAUAUCUUUUGUAUUCCUUCUUAUUUCUCACAUCCAUAGCGUUAAUACGGUGUCAUUCAGAUGGAUAAGCAUCUUAGGACCAAGCAAGCCAAGACCAACCCUAUUGUGGCUUCCUCCUUUUCUGAAGGAACAGAAGUGAGUAGUCUUGAGUGGGAAGCUGUGAACAUGAAUCAAGAAGAAGAAGAUUUGAUCUGUAGAAUGCAUAAGCUUGUCGGCAACAGAUGGGAGUUGAUAGCUGGGAGGAUCCCAGGAAGAACUGCAGAAGAAGUUGAGAGGUUUUGGGUCAUGAAGAAAAAAUGAACCGUCUCUGAAGUUUCACUGAUUAAGUUUUAAUUACCAACUUUGUAAUAGGAUAUUUUCUUACGAGAAUUUACGAUCUUUUAGAUGUGUUUAGGAAGUUCUGUAGCGUCGCUUCUACUGUUCGUUUCGUUUCUCUCAAUAGUUUCGAGAAUUUCUUUAGUUUGUAUGUGUUUGGAUUGUUUGUUUCGGUUUCAUAUCUUUGUUUUGUUUGUUUUAGUAUGAAAGAGUAAAUCAUGUCGGUUUGAAUUAUAUAAC